UGAACAGAAGGUAAUGGCGCUAUGAUUGGAGCAGACUGAGAUCAAUUUGCCAACCGAUCCAGCAAGUGAAGUGAUGAAUACACAGAGGAGACAUUAAGAUCGAGAGAGAGAGAGAGAGAGAGAGAGAGAGAGAGAGAGAGAGAGAGAGAGAGAAUCGAAGUGUAGGUUUGUUGCAUAAUGACAACCGAUGGGCGGUGGAUGGGUUUGAAUACGGCUCGUUGUCUUGACUGAUUGGUAUUGACUCGUAGACUGUGUACACAGCGAGCGAGCGAGCGAGCGAGAGAGAGAGAGAGAGAGAGAGAGAGAGAGAGAGAGAGAGAGAGAGAGAGAGAGAGAGAGAGAGAGAGAGANGAGAGAGAGAGAGAGAGAGAGAGAGAGAGAGAGAGAGAGAGAGAGAGAGAGAGAGUCAAGCAGCGAGCGCUGGAUGAGUCAAGAAGAGGAAGGAGAAAAAAAGUGGAAAGAGCGCGAUUGGAAUUGUCGGUUUCCACAUCCGAUCCAUGAUUGAAUGAUCCGUUUUCACAUCCAUCCAUUGACAUGAUUUGAUUGAUUAGCAAUCUCCGAGAGGGUUGUUAUGUGCAUUGAACUACGGCCGUUAAUUGGUAGUUAGCCGCGGGACGGGACAUAACUGUCGUCCUACCGAUUAACCAGACGGGUGGUUGGUUUGUACUGGCCUCCUCGCCUCUCAACAUUUACAUCCAAUUUUAAUCUUUUAUCAGUUUUCAUUCAUCCAUCGAUUUAUCCUUCCUUUUCUUUUCUUUUCUUUUAUCCAUUUUUUUUUCAUUUUAUCCAUUUCUUAUUUUAUCCAUUUCUUAUUUUAUCCAUUUAUCGUCCAUCCAUCCAUAAGAUCAAUUCAAGCUUUGUUAAACCGUCAGUAGACCCGGGUUUAAACCACCAGUACACCCGGGCCUGGCGGUGGCGCGCUGCGCGCCAAGCUUUUGCCAAAUCGCCAGCGGCGCAAAUUUGUCUCUUUUUUGGUUGGGACCACCGAUCGAUUUCAUCAAUCCACACAGACAUAGCGUCUAUCAAUCCGUAAGAUAAAUCAAUCAAUCCAAUCCAAUCAAUCAAUCAAUCAAUCAAUCAAUCAAUCAAUCAAUCAAUCAAGUGGGAAGUGUGCCCGCAGAGCGUUGAUUGGAUGGAUGUUGAUUCUUCUUCCGUGAGGUGUGAGCCAAUCAGUCUCGUGAUUUGCGAAAAAAACAGAAUGUGGGAGGGAGCAUAAUUGACAUCUCUCCCUCUCUUUUUCUCUCUCUCACUCUUUCUCCCACUAUUCCUCUUGUCCCCUUCUUUAACCAGUUUUUCUCUCGCUAGCGUUCUUUCUUUUCGUCGUCGUUAUCAUAUUCUCUCUCUCUCUCUCUCUCUCUCUCUUGCUCAUAGACCUUUUCCUUAUUAAGUAAUACUUGAGAAAGGAGACGGAGAAAGGGAGGAGGAGGGUGUCCUCUUUUUUUUUUUUUUUUUUUUUUUUUUCUUUUUUUUUUUUUUUUUUUUUAAACCGAGGCAGGUAAGAGGAGUUGGUUAGGAGGAGGGAGGCGCGUCUUCUUCCUCUUCCGCGCGAAAGGUAUUAAGGCGGGAAAAAUAUUGGCGGGGAAAGAUAGCAGCAGGUAUUGAGAGAGAAAGAGGAGAUACGUACGUACCAUCUUCUAUAUCUGUGUCCUUUUGAUUGAUCGGGUUGCUACCGACGUCGGGAUCCCGACUGCUGCUGACAUGGCAAACCUGCGGACGAAGGUCUUCUCACGAUCACCAUGGUCGUGCUGGGCGAUAGCGACGACGCUUCUGGUGAUUGCCACGUGGGCGCGCCUUAGCGACGCCGAGCGAGCGGAAUGUGAUGUGUCUGUUCAAUUGGUUAGCAUCCAGAUAUGGCGCGGCGAAGAUGACAGUUCUCGUCCGUCGUCGAAGAUUAUGGGCAUCGCGAGCUGUUACGGAAGCAAAGUGGAGAAGCAGCCCAACGCUUCCAAACUGCCGCUUGUGGCAAUAGAACCUUUCAAUGCCUGCAAUGAGUCUAACCAGCAGCUAGGAGGACACAUUGUGCUUGCUAUGCGAGGCGGCUGCAAUUUCGCAGAGAAAACAUUGAACGCUCAACGUGCUGGUGCACAGGCGUUGGUGAUUGUGGACAACACCGGAGGGAAGUUGUUCCCGAUGAACGGGAAGAACGGCUCAGACAGUGACCUUGGCAUCACUAUCGCAUCCGUUCUGAUCUCGAAGAAGGAUGGGAUGUCGCUGAAGUCAUCGCUUGAUGGUGGUGGUGCAGUAGCUGUGAAGAUGUUCGAGUCGAAACCUGCACUCGUCGAUCCGGCAGAGAUUAUCUUGUGGUCCAUCGCCGUAACGACUGUCGUCUUGGCGUCAAUGUGGUCUGCGGCUCGAGAUCGGAAAGCCUACCAUGGAUAUGGAAAAAUCAAGCCACAGGAGGAGAAUCCGCAGCAAGAGGGAAACAAAGGACAGGUCUUCGAAAUAAACAUGACUUCUGCGGUCAUGUUCAUCGUCAUGGCGUCGGUGAUGCUCCUUGUUCUCUUUUACUUCAUGUCGAAGAGCUUCUACAUCUUCCUCGUUGUAUUGCUCUGCUUCGGAGGAUUCGAGGGCCUACAAUUGUGCUUUCAUGGGAUCCUUCAAAGUUGGUUACCGGAUAAGUCCCAACUUGGAUUUGAGGUGCCAUGGAUUGGUUGGGUCCCUCUGUUCUGGCUGAUGACAGCUCCCCUGUCAGCGGGAAUCGCCGUCGUCUGGGCGGUCUAUCGGCAAUCGUCACUUGCUUGGGUUGGCCAAGACAUCUUGGGAAUAAGUCUGAUGCUCUCUGUUCUGCAGACGAUUCGUUUGCCGAAUAUCAAGGUUUCCACAUUGCUGUUGAGUCUUGCUUUCUUCUACGACAUUUUCUGGGUUGUUGUGGUGAUGUAGCAAUCAACGCUGGACCCGAAG